UACUGCAUACGGAAGUGGCAUGUAGUUUGUCUAUGUAUGAUUUUUCCAUGGAUGUAUUAUAGAACAGUCUUUUACAUUACGAUAUCAGUACGUUUUUGUUUUUAGCAUUAAAGCUGACGGAUGUUGGGCAAGAGGCGGUGAAACCUACUUUCAUAACUGACGCUCUCCGGCGUUGUUCAAAAGCUUUCUCCACUAUGUCGGCCACAAUGACCACCAUUGUCCAUGACACUACAGAGGCAGUGUGCCUCUCCUCCGAGUACAACCUGUACCUCAAGCCCAUUGCUAAAAUGACCGUCAGUGUGGCCCUGCCCCAGCUCAAGCUGCCAGGCAAGAGCAUUUCCAACUGGGAGGUGAUGGAGAGGGUGAAGUCUAUGGUAGCUCCAGAGCAGUUUUCAGCCCUGCGGAUCUCCAAGAGCACCAUGGACUUCAUCCGCUUUGAGGGCGAGGUGGAAAACAGGACAGUGGUCAAGAGCCUGUUGUCUCGCUUAGAUGGAAAGAGCAUCAAACUGAGUGGAUUUACUGAUGUACUGAAGGUCCGUGCAGUAGAGAACAAAGUGGACUUCCCUACACGUCACGACUGGGACUCCUUCUUCCGCGAUGCAAAGGACAUGAAUGAGACUCUGCCGGGGGAGAGGCCUGACACCAUCCACAUGGAGGGAAUUCCUUGCCGAUGGUUUAGCAAGAAGGACAGCCCGUUCCCAGACCGGCCCUCUGAAGAGGUCCUCAUUGCGGUCUUUGAGACAUUUGGCAAGGUGCGGAAUGUAGAUAUCCCCAUGCUGGACCCGUACAGGGAGGAGAUGCUGGACAAGAACUUCAACACGUUCAGUUUCGGUGGUCACCUGAACUUUGAGGCUUAUGUCCAGUACCAGGAGUACGGGGGCUUCACCAAGGCCAUGGACACCCUGCGCAGCAUGAAGCUGAUGCUGAAAGGAGACGAUGGGAAGGCCGUGGCCUGCAACAUCAAGGUGGCCUUUGACACCAACAAGCACCUGAGUGAGUUGGCCCUGAAGAGGAGGGGCCUGGAGAGGCUGAAGUUACAGGAGCUGGAGAGGCAGAGAGAGGAGCAGAAACGACGGGAGAAGGAAGAGGAGGAGCGGCGUAAGGAUGAGGAGAGGAAACAGAAGGAGCACGAAGAGGAGGAGAAGGAGAGGAGAAAGGAAGAGAGGAUACGAAAGCGAGAUCAGAAGCUGCGGGAGAAGGAGGAGAAGAAGAACAUGAAGAAGGUGAGGCGGCAGCAGGAAGAGGAGCAGAAGAAGCUGCAGAUGAAGAUCGCCAUGGAGGAGAGGAGGCUGCUGCUGGCUCAGCGCAACCUGGAGUCCAUCCGGCUCAUCGCUGAGCUGUUGGCCAGGGCCAAGGCCCUGAAGCAGCAGGAGCAGGAGAAAGAGCGGGCCGAGCGGGAGGAGCAGGAACGGAAAGAGCGGGCUCGGCAGAAGGAGGAACUCACGCGUCUUCAUCAGCUGGAGGCCCUCCGACGCAAGCAGGAGGAGGAGCUGCGGAGGGUGGAGGUGGAGAAGGACCGAGCCCUGGAACUCCAGCGGCGUGAGAAGGAGCUGAGGGAGAGACUGGUCUGCAACCUGAUGAAGAAGGGCAGCAUGAAAAGCUCAAGAUCUCCUCUCACGCAGGAGCAGGCGGGCCCUGUGACCAGCGAGGAGGCCUCUGAUCCCCGCGGCGAUGAUGUGAUGCUGGGGGUCCUGAGCAGGGUGUAUGGAGUGAAGGCCGGCGAGAGCAAAGAAAAGCAGGGGUCCAAAUCGAGUGCCCAUUCACACGUUUCAGGGAAGAAAAGAGAAGAGAGGAGGGGAGGGGAGGACAGGAAGAAAGGGCAAGAGAGAAGAAAGGAGGAGGUGGUGGGGAGCAAGCACGGUAGGGAACAAGCGAAGGGCCGUGAGCCCCCCCACAGAGAGAGGAGCUCCAACAGCCGGGGCCGGCGGAGGCGGAGCCACAGCAGCAGGAGGAGGAGGAGCUCCAGUCGUCACAAGAAGAGCUCCAGUCGGCACAGGAGGGGCGUCAGUCGCCACGGCAGCAGGAGACGCAGCCACAGCUGCAGGAGCACCAGCUCCAGCCGGGACAGGAGCCGCAGCAGCAGUGGGAGGAGCUACAGCAGGGGGAAGAGCCACAGGCACCAUAGAUACAGCAGAGGCUGCUCCAAGGCCAGCAACAGGAGCAGAGAUAGGAGGAGCCACAGCCAUAACAGAUACAAGAGACACAGCAACAGCAGAGACAGGACCUGCUCCAGGCGCUGCUAGUCCUGCUGUCAGUGUUAAUAUUAUCAGUGUUCAUUGAUUUAUUCUUGGCUGAAGUUCAACAAGCUUGACAAAAAAAAAAAACAUAAUUCGAGUAUACCGUGUAAAUGUAAGCCAUGUCAAUUGGUGAAAUGGAUUCCACGGAAAUGCUUUUACCUUUUUAUUUUCUUCAUAUUUUAUACAUGAAACACCACAUUUACUAUUUGGUUUCUAAAAAAGUAUUCUUUGUAAAGCUUGAAAUACAUUUUAUCAACAUUUUGACUCUUAAAAGCAUUAUACAUAAUAUAGAAGUUAAUUCAAAUUUCAUUGAGCAUUGGAUAAUUAAAGGCUAAUAUCGUUAGCCCGCUGUAUAUGUAGAUUGAACGCCAGUCUGACCUCCAUUUUCUGUGAGCAAGUGCAUGAAUAUAAUUGAUUUCGAGGAAGUAACAAGUCCAGAGAACAAAUUGUGUUCCUUAUUUUGAUGUGGUUCGGUCAGUUGGUCCACAUAUUACUUACGAAAAUACACACACACUUUCAGACCUCGUUGCUGCCAUAGUUGUGGAAGACUUUAACGUGGACUACAGGCUGCUGCUCCUUUACAAAUGUGAAGUUUCCCCAGACCAUAACAAAUGUUCCUCGAUGUUUACGCUGACCUGCAGUCUGCCUGAUGUGUUAGCUGCCUGAAAUAUGUCUUGCAAUACUGCUUGAGUAUUGUCUGUGUUGCUGGUGAGCAGCUCAAAGACUGAUUUCUUUUAAUUUCAUUUUAUAUGUUUUAAUGUGUGAGGGUUAAUAUAAUAAAUGCGAUAUGAUGAUGCAACCAAAUUAAAUGAUAUGUUAGGAUGUAACUCCUUCUUUUAGCUUCACAAUGUAGCGCUGGAUACAUUUAUGAAGCUUUUUUUUUGGUGUUAUUUGUAUUGUUUUAUGUCUUAUAUAACUAUGUUGGAGGAGGUCGGGACUUUUCAUUGCCAUUUCUACACUGUAGCUGACAUUAAAGCCGUUGAAUCUGAA